GGAACUGGCAAGUCCUUUCUGAUUUCAGAAAUAGAAAACGGACUCCGUAAAGCAGACAAAAGUGUUCAUAUCACGUGUACAACAGGGAUAGCUUGUGCAAAUUUUAGCAAUGCGAUGACAAUUCACAGAUGGGCUGGCAUAGAUGACGGUCGAUAUUCAUCCAAAGAAAUUGCUACAUUGAUCAAGGAAACCCCCAAACACAGAGACACUUUAGAACGAUUGAUGAAGGCUGACACACUAAUAAUAGAUGAAAUAAGCAUGCUUUCAGAUAAGCUUUUUCAGCAACUGGAGGAAGUAUGCAGUCUGAAAAAUCCAGAUGUUAUCUUUGGUGGUAUACAACUUAUACUCUGUGGCGAUUUCAGACAACUCCCACCUGUUCCUAAUGUACAAUACAAUGAUGAAGGUAACUUCUGCUUUCAGUCAGAACUAUUUCAAACUGCUGUUCCUCAUCGUGUUAUAUUAUGUGACAUAAUCAGGCAACAAGACCAGACCCUUAUUAAAGCCAUCCAAGAGGUCAGUGAAGGGGUUGAACUGACAGAAGAAUCAUUAACCCUUAUUAACUCUAUGGAGAGGCCAUUACCAACAGGGCCUCCUUCUGUUAAGUUGUUUGCUACUAAUAACCUUGUGGAUGACUAUAACAGAAGGCGUAUUUUGAACUGGAGGGGAGAGUUGAUUGAGUACUCUGCAGUUGAUACUGGGGAUAAAAAACAUCUCUCAAAGAUACUGGCUCCACAAAAACUUUGGUUGAAGGAAGGUUGUCCAGUUGUGCUCCUUCGCAAUUUUUCCAAAGUUCUUUACAAUGGAUUGCAGGGAUAUAUUGUUUCACUGGGGAAAGAUGGACCUGUAGUGGACUUCGGAUCAUUAGGUGUACAUAGGAUAACAAAAAUUAAGUUCACAGUAUUUAGUCCUGUCAUUGGAAAGAAUGUGGCAGAAAGGAUGCAGUACCCAUUGAAGCUUGCCUUUGCCCUGAGUAUCCACAAGGCCCAAGGAAUGACUCUGGAUAGGUUUUAUAUGUUCUAA